AUGGAACUGCGUAAGACAACAGCUGGCCAUUCCUACGCCUCGCUUGAUUCGGGAGACCCAUUGAGGACUUUCGAGAGCGGGAGCCGGAACCUCUGGAUCCAGAGGCUGUUUGAAGUCUGUAUCCGAUCCGGGGCUUUCCAUCGCCAAGGAGGCCCGUAUUGCCGAUCCGGGGCUUCCCAUCGCCAAGGAGGCCCGUAUUGCCGAUCCGGGCUUCCCAUCGCCAAGGAGGCCCGUAUUGCCGAUCCGGGGCUUCCCAUCGCCAAGGAGGCCCGUAUUGCCGAUCCGGGGCUUCCCAUCGCCAAGGAGGCCCGUAUUGCCGAUCCGGGCUCCCCAUCGCCAAGGAGGCCCGUAUUGCCGAUCCGGGGCUCCCCAUCGCCAAGGAGGCCCGUAUUGCCGAUCCGGGCUCCCCAUCGCCAAGGAGGCCCGUAUUGCCGAUCCGGGGCUCCCCAUCGCCAAGGAGGCCCGUAUUGCCGAUCCGGGCUCCCCAUCGCCAAGGAGGCCCGUAUUGCCGAUCCGGGGCUUCCCAUCGCCAAGGAGGCCCGUAUUGCCGAUCCGGGCUCCCCAUCGCCAAGGAGGCCCGUAUUGCCGAUCCGGGGCUCCCCAUCGCCAAGGAGGCCCGUAUUGCCGAUCCGGGGCUUCCCAUCGCCAAGGAGGCUCGUAUUGCCGAUCCGGGCUCCCCAUCGCCAAGGAGGCUCGUAUUGCCGAUCCGGGCUCCCCAUCGCCAAGGAGGCUCGUAUUGCCGAUCCGGGCUCCCCAUCGCCAAGGAGGCUCGUAUUGCCGAUCCGGGCUCCCCAUCGCCAAGGAGGCUCGUAUUGCCGAUCCGGGCUCCCCAUCACCAAGGAGGCCCGUAUUGCCGAUCCGGGCUCCCCAUCGCCAAGGAGGCCCGUAUUGCCGAUCCGGGGCUCCCCAUCGCCAAGGAGGCCCGUAUUGCCGAUCCGGGGCUUCCCAUCGCCAAGGAGGCUCGUAUUGCCGAUCCGGGCUCCCCAUCGCCAAGGAGGCUCAUAUUGCCGAUCCGGGCUCCCCAUCGCCAAGGAGGCUCGUAUUGCCGAUCCGGGCUCCCCAUCGCCAAGGAGGCUCGUAUUGCCGAUCCGGGCUCCCCAUCGCCAAGGAGGCUCAUAUUGCCGAUCCGGGCUCCCCAUCGCCAAGGAGGCUCAUAUUGCCGAUCCGCGCUUCCCAUCGCCAAGGAGGCCCGUAUUGCCGAUCCGCGCUUCCCAUCACCAAGGAGGCCCGUAUUGCCGAUCCGGGGCUCCCAUCGCCAAGGAGGCUCGUAUUGCCGAUCCGGGGCUCCCCAUCGCCAAGGAGGCUCGUAUUGCCGAUCCGGGGCUUCCCAUCGCCAAGGAGGCCCGUAUUGCCGAUCCGGGGCUUCCCAUCGCCAAGGAGGCCCGUAUUGCCGAUCCGGGGCUCCCCAUCGCCAAGGAGGCCCGUAUUGCCGAUCCGGGGCUUCCCAUCGCCAAGGAGGCUCGUAUUGCCGAUCCGGGCUCCCCAUCGCCAAGGAGGCUCGUAUUGCCGAUCCGGGCUCCCCAUCGCCAAGGAGGCUCGUAUUGCCGAUCCGGGCUCCCCAUCGCCAAGGAGGCUCGUAUUGCCGAUCCGGGCUCCCCAUCGCCAAGGAGGCUCAUAUUGCCGAUCCGCGCUUCCCAUCGCCAAGGAGGCCCGUAUUGCCGAUCCGCGCUUCCCAUCACCAAGGAGGCCCGUAUUGCCGAUCCGGGGCUCCCCAUCGCCAAGGAGGCUCGUAUUGCCGAUCCGGGGCUCCCCAUCGCCAAGGAGGCUCGUAUUGCCGAUCCGGGGCUUCCCAUCGCCAAGGAGGCCCGUAUUGCCGAUCCGGGGCUUCCCAUCGCCAAGGAGGCCCGUAUUGCCGAUCCGGGCUCCCCAUCGCCAAGGAGGCCCGUAUUGCCGAUCCGGGCUCCCCAUCGCCAAGGAGGCCCGUAUUGCCGAUCCGGGCUCCCCAUCGCCAAGGAGGCCCGUAUUGCCGAUCCGGGGCUUCCCAUCGCCAAGGAGGCUCGUAUUGCAGAUCCGGGGCUUCCCAUCACCAAGGAGGCCCGUAUUGCCGAUCCGGGGCUUCCCAUCGCCAAGGAGGCCCGUAUUGCCGAUCCGGGCUCCCCAUCGCCAAGGAGGCCCGUAUUGCCGAUCCGGGGCUUCCCAUCGCCAAGGAGGCCCGUAUUGCCGAUCCGGGGCUUCCCAUCGCCAAGGAGGCCCGUAUUGCCGAUCCGGGCUCCCCAUCGCCAAGGAGGCCCGUAUUGCCGAUCCGGGCUCCCCAUCGCCAAGGAGGCCCGUAUUGCCGAUCCGGGGCUUCCCAUCACCAAGGAGGCCCGUAUUGCCGAUCCGGGGCUUCCCAUCACCAAGGAGGCCCGUAUUGCCGAUCCGGGGCUUCCCAUCGCCAAGGAGGCCCGUAUUGCCGAUCCGGGGCUUCCCAUCGCCAAGGAGGCCCGUAUUGCCGAUCCGGGGCUUCCCAUCGCCAAGGAGGCCCGUAUUGCCGAUCCGGGGCUUCCCAUCACCAAGGAGGCCCGUAUUGCCGAUCCGGGGCUUCCCAUCACCAAGGAGGCCCGUAUUGCCGAUCCGGGGCUUCCCAUCACCAAGGAGGCCCGUAUUGCCAAAGGCUGUUGCUUUCGAUUUCCCAAGAUCUCCCUCACGUUGGCUGGUUUGCAGGUUCAAGAAUAG